AUCAGUAGUUCACUGCUUUCGAUUGAAAGCAGAUCGUUGAAUCGCCUUUUAAAUUUUGUGUUCUAGCUCGCACUAUUCUAGAGUGUUUGGAGAAAACUUCCUCAAAUAAUUUAUCAAAAUGAAGUGGGCAGUAAUUACUUUACUACUUGUGGCAGUAAUUGCAUGUGCAAAUGCGUAUAAAAUUUUGGGUGUCUUCCCGACCAUGGCGCGAUCCCACUUUUUUGUUGGGAGUGCACUCAUGAGAGGUUUGGCGGAGAAGGGUCAUCAAGUGACUGUAGUUUCACCGUAUCCAGCAAAGAAACCGAUUAAAAACUACCGUGAUGUGGUCACACCUAAUAUUCUGGAAGUGUGGAAAGCUCGCGCUGAUAACAUAAUAAAAAUACGUGACCAAACCAUCAUGCAAGCUUUCAUGGGAAUCUACGACAUGGGAAUUGAAAUCACCAAUAGUACGUUAGAAGAACCUUCACUCAAACAACUUAUGGCUUCAGGUGAAAAAUUUGAUGCCGUUGUCUGUGAGGUUUUUGUUAGUGAAGCACUUUUUGGUCUUGCUGAACAUUUCAAUGCACCACUUAUUGGAUUGAGUACUUUUGGGGCAACCCAAUGGAACACUGAUCUCGUUGGAUCACCAUCACCUCCAUCUUAUGUUCCUAAUCCAUUCCUGCCUCUAACUCAUGAAAUGUCACUUUCUGGAAGAAUCUUCAAUUUAGCUGUUACCACCAUGGAGCAUGUGUUCUUUAAUAACUUUUACUUGCCCAGACAACGAGAUCUUUUUAAGAAACAUUUCCCAAAUUCUAAAAAGGGAUUGGACAACAUCCGCAAGGAUACCGCCUUAGUUUUGUUGAACGCUCACGUUUCACUCGGAUUUCCAAGACCUUACAUGCCAAAUAUGAUCGAAGUUGGAGGCAUGCACAUCGAACGUAAGCAAAAACCUUUGCCAGCUGAAAUGAAAAAGUUCUUGGAUGAAGCUAAAGACGGAGCUAUUUUCUUCUCGAUGGGUUCGAAUUUGAAGAGCACUUUGCUUCCUGCUGAGAAGCGUGAUGCAAUUCUCAAGACCUUUAAAUCACUUAAACAACGAGUUAUGUGGAAGUUCGAAGACAAAAACUUGCCUGGAAAGAGUGAUAAUGUCCUUAUUAGCGACUGGUUCCCUCAGCAGGACAUCUUGGCUCAUCCCAAUGUAAAAUUAUUCAUCACUCAUGGAGGAUUGCUAAGUACGACUGAAUCAAUUUUCCUCGGCAAGCCUUUCAUUGGAGUUCCAAUGUUUGGAGAUCAAUACUUAAAUAUGGCUCGUGCUGAAGCCGGUGGUUAUGGUAUUAUGGUUGACUAUAAUGAACUUACCCAAGAGACCUUCUCUGCUGCCAUCAAUAAAAUGCUUAAAGAUAAAAAAUACGAAGAACGGGCAAAGGUUAUUUCAGAGAGAUAUCGUGACCAACCAUUGGAACCUUUGGAACUGGCUACAUAUUGGGUAGAAUACAUUGCUAAGCAUAAGGGUGCACCACAUUUACACUCAGCUGGUCAAGAAUUGAACUUUAUUCAGUAUCACAAUCUUGAUGCAAUGAUCAUUUUGUUUGGAGGAAUUUCGGUGGUUUUAGUUGUGGUAUUGGCAAUAGUUUAUAAGCUCUUAGCGAUGUUCCUUGCACCAAGGAAAAAGAUGAUUAAGAAGAAGAAGAAUUAAAUGCAGGGCAUUUUGUGCUUUAUGAUUUUUUUAAGUAGAAUUUAAGUUUAAAUCGAGAAUAAAAUUGAAAAAAGAAAA